AUCUUAUCAUUAUCAAUGGGCGUGGGGAAUACGAAUAGGCACAACACAUUGCUUUAUGUACAAUUGUUUCAAGCAAAAUAGUUAAAUUUCUUUCUUUCGUACACCGUAAUUAUGAAAAGUGCAGUUACUGGGAAAAAGGCAUCAUGAGUGUAGUGAAAUAAAUAAAUAUAUCCUUUGGAUAAUGUUGCUAAGUAAAGAUAAUACCUGUAGUUGCUAAUACCUGUAGUACAAAAUGGUAACUUGUGAAUUGGACAAAGAAGUGUCAGGAGAGGUUCUGGGAUGGAAGUUGCCGGCUUGGCAAGCACUCCUGUUGCAUCGAGUGCUGCCCUCCUGCGGAGGACUCGUACUUUACAUUAUCCUCAUCUGCUAUGAUUUAACACUUAUUACCGAACAUUUCACCAAUGGCAGUGAAGGAGUAGGAGUAUUUUGCACAAUCCUCGUCGUGUCACCAUCGCUGAUAUCGUUAGUAUUCACAUUGGCGUCGCCUCCGCCUGGCUUCCAGACUGACCUGUCGGCAUUUUCUGUGACCAUAGAGAAGAAUGAUAUACGAUGGCUCGUUAUGCAGUUUGUGAAUGCUAUUUUCUUUCCCAUUGCUGCGAUUGGAAGAUACUGCUACCUUAUAUUUUGGUGGGUUGAAGCUGUAUGUGCGUCGCGGAGUGACGAUAAAGAAAGAACGCAGGAAGCUAUUCAGUUGGCUCGUGCACCAUCACCCGUAGAGCUGUACCUGUUUCUCCAGGCCUUCAUCCACUCCGCCCCACAUGCUGUCGUCAAUAUCCUUGACUUGAUGAGACGCUACUCUGACUUGACUUUCGACAAAGUUUCAGUACAAGCCGUAAGCAUUAUCGUGUCGUCUCUCCGAAUGGCCAGCACAGCCACAAUGUACAGAAGGUUUGAAAGAGAAAAGUUAAAUGGACGGAAAUACCCUUGGGGAAAAAUGUCUGAACCACUACUAGAAGAGAAUAAUGCCAACAACAAUGAUGAAACUGAAGCUGACAAAACAAAUGCAGUCAACGAAGAACCAAUUUACGAAUCGGUAUCCAAAAAGGAUUCUAUUAUUUCCGAUAGUUCGAUUUACAUUAGGUCAAAUCGUAACACUAACAGUGAUUUAAUACAGUUUUCUCCGAGAAGUACCGUUGUUAUGAAUUCUGGAUUUUUCGAUAAUGAAGUUUUAACUGACUCAGAUACUAGCUCGGACUAUUUGCCGCCUAAAAGAGAAAAUACUAGUUUGCAAGAAUUUAGCAGUGACGAGGAAUAUGAAAGACCUAAAACUAUCAUUGAUAGAGUAGCUCCAAGACGUAAUACUGAGUAUAAUGUAGAAAAAGUUGAAAUUGUUCCACCGCCUGUGAUGAUAGCACCGAGACCGAUGUCUUUUGCGGUGUGGGCUGAGAAGAUGGUUGAAAAUGCCGAGUCUAUACCCACUUGGCUAUCAGCUCCGCCGAGAAGAAAGUACUGCGAUGAAGUAGUUCAAGAUGAGCCAGAUAUUCCGCGACGUGUGCCUAGAUCCUAUAUGCGAGGUCUUGAACCACAGGACGCUACAGCAGCUUUUAUACAUUUUCUGGGAUGGUACGGAUUUUUCAUAAGUCGGCUGCUCUCAAUUGCGUGUUUCAUAGACUUUUUUCCGGUCCUCGCGAUUAUAAUUCUGUUUUCUCACUACCAAGCAAUGUUAUUGUUUCUAAUAGUGCCUCAAGCGAGUACGGUGAAGAGAGGAUUCUACGUGUUCCUCGCAUUCAUAUACAUAUUUUGUCUGAUGGAGUUUAAGAUACGUUUCCGGCACGUGCGUGUGUGGCAUGUGUUCUGGAUUAUAGUGUGCACUAUAGAGACCGUUGUAUUCACUGGCCUCUGGGCCUCCAUAGACAACAAUAUGCACGAGUGGUGGAGACUUUUCCUCGUAAAAGUAAUAGUUAUAAGUCUUAUUUUAAGUUAUAUAUGUUUCCUUUUCUAUUUUAUACUGUUACAGCCCAGAGAAACAAUUGUUUAUGUUAAUAAUAAUAAAAAAAGUGAUAAACGGUAGCACUCGUUG